AUGGGCAAAAUCGAAGUGAAGAACCCAAUCGUCGAGAUGGACGGCGAUGAGAUGACGAGAAUCAUCUGGCAGUUCAUCAAGGAUAAGCUCAUUCUUCCUUACUUGGAUGUCGACUUGAAGUACUACGAUUUGGGCAUUUUGCACAGAGACGAGACCGAAGACAAUGUCACCACUGAUGCGGCAGAGGCUAUCUUGAAGUAUGGUGUGGGAGUCAAGUGUGCCACCAUCACUCCAGAUGAAGCUAGAGUGAAGGAGUUCAACUUGAAGAAAAUGUGGUUGUCGCCUAAUGGUACUUUGAGAAACAUCUUGGGCGGUACCGUCUUCCGUGAGCCAAUUGUCAUUGAAAACAUUCCUCGUGUGGUUCCAACCUGGGAGAAACCAAUCAUUAUUGGUAGACACGCUUUCGGUGACCAGUAUAAGGCCACUGAUGUGGUGUUCUCGAAGCCAGGCCAGCUCUCGUUGGUUUUCAAGCCUGAUGAUGGAUCUCCAGAGGAAGUGCACCAGGUUUACCACUACGAUGCUCCAGGUGUCGGCAUGGCCAUGUACAAUACCGAUAAGUCCAUCACGGACUUCGCCGAGCUGAGCUUCAAGCUUGCCUUGGACAGGAAGUUGAAUUUGUUCUCGUCUACGAAAAACACCAUUUUGAAGAGAUAUGAUGGCCGUUUCAAGGAUAUCUUCGAAAACUUAUACGAGACGAAGUACAAGAAGGACUUCGAGGCUGCAGGAAUCUGGUACGAGCACCGUUUGAUCGACGAUAUGGUUGCGCAGAUGUUGAAGUCUAAAGGUGGCUACAUCAUUGCCAUGAAGAACUAUGACGGUGACGUGCAAUCUGACAUUGUUGCGCAAGGCUUCGGCAGUUUGGGUCUUAUGUCCUCAGUCCUCAUGACACCAGAUGGUAAGGCUUUUGAGGCCGAAGCUGCACACGGAACUGUCACCAGACACUACAGACAGCAUCAGCAGGGCAAGGAGACAUCUACAAACUCCAUUGCAUCGAUCUACGCGUGGACAAGAGGUCUUAUCCAGAGGGGUAAGUUGGACAACACACCGGAUGUGGUUACGUUCGGCGAAAAUCUCGAACAGGCUGUCAUUGACACGGUUGCCGUUGACAACAUCAUGACCAAAGACUUGGCCUUGACCCAAGGUAAGACGGACCGCUCCUCGUACGUCACCACUGAAGAGUUCAUUGAUGCUGUCAAGUCUCGUUUGGACAAAAACUUGGCCAAGGCUUUGGGCAAGUAA